AUGUCAGAAGCAUACGAGCGCGAACGCCAAAACAACGCCCGCCUUGACGAGCUGUCGGCCAAGGUCUCGGCCCUCAGGGGCGUGACGGUCGACAUCUACGACAACGCGCGCGCCCACGAGGUCAUUGACAGCACAUCCGAUACCUUCUCCGCCAUGUCCACCCAGCUCAAGGGUUCUGCCGGCCGCCUGACCCGCAUGGCCGCUUCGGGGAACAAGGUCGCCAUCCUCAAGCUGUCUGGCAUCAUUAUCGGCGUAUUCAUUGUCUUGUACUACAUUGCCAAGCUGUUCCUCUAA